GGUGCCUGGCAGUGAGGGCUCAGUCAGUGAGAGCGCCUCCAGCGUAGCAGUCGUGUUGCCGCAGUGCUGGGAGGUCGCCACCAUCACAACACCACCACCACUACCUCCAUUAUACUCAUCAACCUCCCGGCCAACCCAGCCAUACCUACUCUAGUCUCUACUCGAAUCUCAUUAAGUUUAUUUUUAUAUAUUUAUUCACUAAUUUAUUCAAACCGUUUGAUCUCAUAUAUCCAGUCAGGCAGAGAACCAAAGACUUUAUCUCUCUCAGCAUCUCGUACCUCAAGAUUUGCGCAGCCUGAGACUUGCAUAGUGAUUAUACUCAGUGAAGAGCCUUGUGUUUGUGCGUACGCAACACCCGUGUGACCAGACUUACGCAGUGUGGAAACUUUUAGUACGUACUCCACACCUGUGUGACCAGACUCAGCCAGUGUGCUUUCUUAUAUGUGUGCAUCAAGACCAGCGUGACAACCACCAUUUCUGCUACUACUCUCCCACACAAUUUGAGAGGCGUAGUGUGGGGCGAGUAAGGCAGGUGGCCAGGGGACGAGUGAAGGAAGGUACUCCUGCGAGUGACCUGCCUGCUUGCAAGUGACUAGCCGCCGUACAAGAGUGCUUCUCACACUCUCACACACAGACAUACACACAGACACACAGACACGCACACAAGCACGCACGCACGUCUUGCUCACCACAACACCAUCACGCCUUCACCACCUACUGUGAUAACGCCGUGUCCUUUGGAAUUUUGUGAUUGCCCGUACCUCUACUUCUCUGAUAUUGUAUAGUGUGGUGUUGCGGAGUCUUCCCUCCUUCGUUACACACCGCCGCUGCCUUAUACAAGUGACGUGGUUGAGAGCCACGUAGCAUUGAGUAGCGUCACUCCAGCACUCUCACAGUCAACAUGGGCCGCAAGAAAAUUCAGAUCUCGCGCAUCACUGAUGAGAGAAACAGACAAGUGACAUUCACAAAACGCAAGUUUGGUCUGAUGAAAAAAGCAUAUGAGUUGUCGGUGUUGUGUGACUGUGAGAUCGCACUCAUCAUCUUUAACUCUAGCAACAAGCUAUUCCAAUAUGCAUCCACGGACAUGGACAAGGUCCUCCUCAAGUACACCGAGUAUAAUGAACCUCAUGAAUCCAGGACCAAUAAUGAUAUCGUCGAGGCUCUGAACAAAAAGGAACACAAAAAUGGUUUACAGUCCCCAGACUCCCCAGACCCUGAUCAAGAGUACUCUCUCACACCCCGCACCGAGGCUAAGUACAACAAAAUUGAUGAAGAAUUUACUUUGAUGAUGCAGCGUAACCAGAUCAAUGGUAGUCGACAGCCAGUAGGACUCAACAACUAUAACAGUAUGGCAGUGACUGUACCUGUUAAUAAUGCAAACUAUGACCCAGCCCUAAUGCAGCCCUCGCCUCAAAUGUCUCAUGCCUCUCUCUCGCCACGACCUGGAUCCUCAAGUGGAAUGCUCGACAUGAAUGGUUCUAAUGGAUAUCCUGGGUCAACUUCUCCAUUACCACAUGGAGGGGCAUCAUCACCUGGACUACUGCCUCGGCCUCAUUCGUCAAAGACCCACUCACCCACCAGACCAAAUCUUCGCGUUCUCAUUCCCAACUCUCAAGCACAGACUCAACCGCCCAGGGAGGGCUCCCAUUAUCUUUUUACACCGGUACUCUUCAAUCAAGUAACAACCCCCUCAAUGACCAAUUUUUCACUUAAUUCAUUUUCGCAUCAGGAUUUUCCACUCAAAGCAGCCUCUCUCAAUCCAAAAAAUAACUUAUUUUUUUUAUGACAGUGGAACAGUGGGUCACUGGGAAUGUCACAUGCUGGUCUGCCUCACCUCAGUGUCAGUUCCUCUACACCGCCCCCAGCAGCCUCCCCGCCUGUUAGGAUCAAGUCAGAACCAAUCAGUCCUCCACGCGACCCUAACUGUAUCCCAGCAUCUCACCUGCAAAGACCAGCAUCCACAGACCCCGGCCACUUGUCACCUGCACCGCCUUCACAUUUGGGUCCAUCUUCCAAUCAUCCAGGGCACACACUUUACACCAAUGCACUUUCAGGCCACUUGACUCCGUCACAUGCCUCACCUGAAGGAGCCUCUCACCACAGUGACUAUGAUAGCCCAUUGAGCAAACGGCCGAGAAUGUCAGAAAACUGGGCCCCUAAUUCGUGAGGUGCAAGAAGGGUCACCACGUGCACCAGUGAGAGGACACUCAGUGCUGCGUGAUCAGUGCCUGGCGAGCUGGGGGUGCCGUCCCUUGGGUCAAGAAGCCCUCACAAUCGUGUCCCCAUCGCCUCUGCCUCUAUGGACCACAACGGUUGUUAACUGUACAAAAAUAAAGUCUUGGGGAGCAGUGUGUGUGUCCUUCGCCGUGUGUGUGUCAAUGCCGCACUACCGUGACAGUGCCAAGAGAGGAGCUACAGCCCUGCUCCCCGGCCUCCUGUGUUUGUGAAUCACAUUCCCUUACUCCCUUCUGCCAGUCUUUCUCCAGCCUGCCCACCUGCAAGAGCCCUCCAGCCUUUUACAGGCACUGGUGACUGGCAUGUUCAAGAGGACAGUUCAAUGCCUUUUGGUAAUCUGAGGGCCGUCAUGAAUUGCCACCUCUUGAAGGUUUAAAAUUCACUGCCCAACUGGUUUAGGGCUGAGAGAAGUCAUAGUCAAGCAGACUGUGUAUAUGUGGCCUGAGUGUCAUUAUCUGCAUGGUUGACUUGAGCCCCUGGCUCUCUUAUCACAAUUUAGGGUUGUCUCUUGCCUGUCUGAUAAAUGGUGAGGAUUCAGCCUACCCAGAAGAAAAGGGUCACUAUUAACAACUGCAUCUGUUGCAGUUUACAAGUCUGUCACCACCACCUAUGUACUGUACUUGUUAGUUCUGGCUCAAUGUAAAUAAGCAAAAGACAUGAUUAUUUUUACUCUUUGUACAUAUUGGCAUAUAUGAUAAGAUUGCCUGGUACUUGGUGUGUGGUGGUGCUGGUGGAGACAGGGAGGCAAGCAGCAGUGUGGGCUACCUCUCCCACCACCCCAUACUGCCGCCCUCUGUACCUCUCGUAUGGUCUUUCUUUGUACCUUGUGCCUCACCUUACUGUGUAAGAAGUUGUAGCCUCUAGUAACUGUGGACAGUAGUGCGUGGCCGGUGUGUGCUGCAUCGUGGUGUGGUGGUGGUGGCAGACUGGAGAUGGUAAAUGGGCGGUGGCAGCUGUGGGCAUCACUAGGCCCUGUAUGUGUGCCUUGCUGGCCACCACCGUUCCUCCAGCUCUAGGUGGUCCAACAAUGCUGCCACCCAUCCAUUCCUGUGGUUACCACCACCUACCACGGGGCUUUGCCCACAAGGAAGGAGGAGCCAGCUGUACCAUACCAAAUACAACACUAACUGUCGAUACAUAAACAUUUAGACUGUGUUGACUUAACGUUGUUUAUAUAAAUACAAAGUCUAGAUUCUUAAUAAUUUAUAUGAUACUGCUAAUGUAUAAUUCUCCAAGAAAUGUUUAUAGCUAUAUUUGAUUAUAAUAAAUCAAAACACCUAGUUUCUAAGCAAAGACACUAAACCCAUUACCCUAAGCAUAUGUUGCACCUUGUUGUGGCGUGAUUACAGUGUACCACAGGCCGGCGUGCUGGGGCUCAGUGGGAUAGGGGGGUGUAGGGGCUGAAGCAAAGCUUCAUCACACCCACAGACCGCAUAGUGAUGUAGAUUUCUAGUAAUUUAUCCAUUACACACAAUAGUUUUUGUACAUUAUGAAGCCUUGUUACCAGAAAUGUCUUACAAACCAAAGCAAAGCAAGAUUCCUUAAUUUACUACAAAAUUGGCUGUUCUGUACAACUGAGAAUACUAUUAUCUGUGAUGUACAUAGUGCAAUUCAGUGGGUCCCAUUCACUGCUGUACCCUACAUAUGUACAUUUUUUUGGUGAAUGGUGUGCUCAUAACAAGAGAUUGUAUCCCCAACCAUCAGGUGAUAAUCACCCUAGUUACUGGUCAUUUAAUGAUCUUUGUACUGUUGGGGUUGGCUCUGGCUUUUAAGGCAUACAGUACAGUACUUAUGUGUCCAGUUUUUGUAGGAUGCCCCUUAAGAUAGUACAGCCUAAGCACUGGGAGAAUCACUGUCCAUAUGAUCAUGGUGCAUUUAAUAGAAAUUACUAAUUUAUAUCACAGGCCAGCACACCUCUUUUUAAUGGGUGAGGAUAGAAGUGUGACAAUUUCUACAUAAAUGUAAAGUUUGUGCGUGGCAUAUCCAACUGUCCCCCACCCCCUUUACCCCCUGCCAGCAGCCCCCGUCCUCAUGUUCUGACAACAAGUUACAUGUUUGUGUAGAAUAAGUAUACUAUUAAUAUUUUUUUGUUAGUGAAAUAGAAGCAUUUUGUGUGAAUUUUGGCAUGUUAUUCAAUAAAAUCUGAAUAACAUAA